UGAUCUAUUGCUGUGUUUGGUUUGUGUGCCACGGCAACAUAUCCACAAUUUGCACAAAACGUUUUUUUUUAAAGUAGGACUGGACUAGUGCUGCUGCGAGUGUGCAGUGUUUGGGUUUGUCUGUGAGGAAACAGUGUGGUCGGAGUGUCUGCUCAGAGCUGAAACACUUCCUCGUACUUUUUGACUCUCAUCACACAGCGACCUGCUGCAAACGCCAACGGCUCACAAUCUACCUCAGAGCAGACUGACCUCACAUGUGACACGCUGACUCCACAUUGUCUUAUCUGACUCAAUAUAAGACUUUUAUCUCAGUUAAAUUAUUCGUGUGAAUUUUGACGUUAAGAAGCACUGGUGGAAUGUAACGAUCUGAUGACUUUGAUUUCGGGUGCAGAGCUGGUCUUCCUCCUGAGUGAGUGAUGCCUCGUUCUUUCUUGGUAAAGCGAGGAGGGCUGCACCACCUUCGGCCCGCAGCGAGAAGCCCCAGCCCUGGAUCGACCCCGGUAACAUUUAGCCAGCUAGGAAAGAAGGUGGGGUCCUGGGAUACAUCCUUGAAGUACUCCACAGCAGAAACACCAGAUAGUAGCGGAGUGCCCAUGGCAUUAUUACAGCAGGACCUUCAAGAUGCCAACCAGUCUAAUGGAAGUGGGCACCUUGAGCCAUUUAGUCCCAAAUCUUAUGUCUGUAGAUCUGCUGAGCCCUGCAGUCCUGUCAAUUCAAAUACUUGUAGCCUCGUGGAGAAAGUCGAGUCUCAUCCUUCUACACCACCAGUAUGGUCCAGACCUCAUGUGAGCUCAGGAUAUGCAGACAAAUUGUCUGUGGGACUGGAAGACUUAACUCAGCACCCUCGGAUCAUGAGGGAGACCAGGAGCAGUGGCUGCUUGAAGAUCAGUGCUCCCAGACAAGAGUGUCCACUCUGUCACAAAAUAUUUUCAUGUCUGUCAAGUUUGAAGACUCACAUAUGCAAGAGUCAUGGAAGCAGAGCACCUCUGUCACCAGCAUACAUCAAGUCCAGCAGGACAGAUACUGAGCAGUCACCACGAAGGGGCAAGGAGAGGACGUUUGGCUGUACAGUGUGUGGGAAAGUGUUCAAGCGCUCCUCCACCCUCUCCACUCAUCUGCUCAUACAUUCAGACACCCGGCCCUACCCCUGCCAGUACUGUGGCAAAAGGUUCCACCAGAAGUCUGACAUGAAGAAACACACCUUCAUACACACCGGGGAGAAGCCCCAUGUGUGUCAGAUAUGUGGGAAGGCAUUCAGCCAGAGCUCCAACCUCAUCACCCACAGCCGUAAACACACGGACGACCGGCCCUACCGCUGUCCCCGCUGCUUCUACAGCUUCCAGCACAAAGUGGACUUGCGGCAGCACCAGGAGCACCACUGCCUCUGACACGGCCGAGACAGCAUCUUCAGCCUUUUACCAGAGGAAACACAUUCAUUUGUUGUUAAGUCAGAUCGCACAUCCAAAGCUAUUGUAUGUUAUAAUUUAGAUUCAACUGUCUUUUAGGACACUGAGCUAAGAAGGAUACUUUUUACUCUGCUCACAGGUUUCCAACACAGUAAUGGCAUUAUUACAGAACCCUUGCAGCAGAACAAUAGUUACCUUGAACCUACUGUGUACCUAUUCAUUUGUAAAAAUCCAAGUAGUACUUAGUAUUCUGAGUUACACUUGUGUUAAUUACAGUGUUUAUAUUUAUAUACAACAAUGUAUACCUUUAUUUGUGACUUGUUUUAAUUAAAAGUAUGUCAAUAGCUGAGAAA